AUGGACGGCUCAAGUUUACGAAUAUCAACAGCUGUGGAUAUCACAGCGCAAUUCAACGAACUGCUUCAGCAGCACCAGGCGCCGCCGGUUGUCAAGAAGGUCUCGCUGGACGAUAUUGACAGCUUCCUCAAAGAAGCAUACCGAAUUAACUCACACAUCACAAGCCUACACCAGCAGCUUCAAGAUGUACGGCAAGCGUAUCUCUCGACGGCGCAACCCCGCCGGGCACAGGCUCGAUUGGCCCAGAACCAGCCACGAAUAUUAUCCGAUCGAGAGCGAGAAGAGGUCGAUGCCAAUGCAAAGCAGAUGAUACGAGAGCUUAAUGCAAGCAUACGAUCGCUAGACGAGGCGGAACAGCUUCGCCGGGAGACCGAAUCAGCCAUUAUCCGCAAAAAGUACACCAAGGGGCUGGGCGCUCUCGGCUCGUGGGCAUCCGGCGGCAUUGCUAACAGCAAGUCCGCAGAACAUGCCGCGGCCGAAGGGCAGGCCCUGCAGCUGGGAGGCUAUCGAGACGGCGUGCUGUGGUUUCUACGGCAGCGACUGGAGCUAGUUUGUCGAACGCAACAAGACAUGAUGGAGACUCGAUUGCGCAGAGAGUUAGAAAAGAGCCGUAGCAUGCUACCGGUGGGAGACCUGGCAGAAUUUGUCCCAACCACUCACAGAUCACACCAGCAGCCGUCAGGCGACGCUUUCCCUUCUGGGACGGAUGAGUACUCUGUUCCAGCUACAGAGGGCUUAACACAAGAACAGGUUCAGAUGUUUGAGGAGGGCAACCAAAGUAUGAUGGAGCACUACGAAAGCACAUUGGAUAAAGUGAGAACCGCCGAGAGGUCUUUGUUGGAGAUUUCCGAGCUUCAGACACUUCUAGUCAACAACCUGUCAGCGCAAUCUGAAAACAUUGAGCUUCUUGUAGCAGAUUCAGUCUCGAUGGCGGAUAAUGUUGGCGGCGGCAACAAACAGCUUAAGAAAGCCACGCAGCGGCCAAGCACGGCACGAUAUACCUUUUUUGCGGCAAGCGGCCUAUGCGCAUUCCUGAUUCUCUGGGAUUUGAUUAUAUAG